GUACUUUAUCUACCAUAAACACUUUAUCAUAAAAAAGUAUGGUAGGAAGAUGUGUGUAGGCAUACAGAAUUAUGUAAUGUCACAAACUUCUGUACUCGGUUAAUGGGAGGAGGACAGUUAUCUAGAGGUUUAUAAAUACCAGUAUUAUGAAUUUACAUUCAGGGUGAAACACAUGGUUGAAAGUGGUUUUAAAAGGAAAUUUAUUGUUAAAAUUUCCUGUUUUGAAAGGGAUUGCAUAUAAGAAGUGUUUUCAAUGAGGUUUUUUUUUACGUUGUUUGAACUCUAGUGAAUGAAAUAUUGAUUUGGUGGAAUAAAAAUGCUUCACAGAUAUUAUGCAGUGUGAACGAUAUCAUUGUAAUCGGAUAUAUUGUGGAAAUCGUAUGUGAACCUUGAGAAAGUGCUGAACAUGUGAAUGCAAUUACGAGCAUAUCAUGUAACAAAUUUUAUUAUGUAUUACUGAAGGGUGGAGUAUUUAUUUCCGAAUAUAUCAUCAGGACUUUAAAAGUGAUAUUUUCAUAGCACAAUCGUACACGUUUGUGCGUUUUACUGCUUUUGAUGUUUAAAAAAACAACGAAGAAACUAGUACAUAGACCAAAAAGCACUGGAGAAGAGCUUCAACCUGAGAAAGUCACAAUGAAUCGAGACAGAUCGCAAAGUGUUCAGCAGUUGAAUUUAUCAAGACAUGUAUCAUCCCAGCUAUCAUAUCCGGGAACAAGUAACACCAAAAGUUGUUUAGGGGCAGUGGGAGGAAGCUCUGUUAAAGCCGAUACCGAGAAUGUGACGGUAAAAAUCCAGAAAACUCGAUUUCACUCAGAAAGUGAGGUUGAAUUACCAAAUGUGUCAAAAGCGGGCUCUCGAGCAACGAGGAUAUUUAAAAUGGAACAUAACGACCAUGUGAAAAAAGUGGCGAUAUGUUACUUCCAAAAUACAUUGCUGUAUCAACUUGACCAGAACCGACCAUUGGCUGGUAUUGUCGAGGACAUAUGUGACAAAUGGAAUCUCCAAAAUACAGUCGACUACGCCCUACAAUUCUCAGAAGCUUCAAGACAAACUUACAUCACAGAGAGGAACCGAGCGGAUAUACAGAAUGGAAAUGUGCUACAGCUGACGGAAUCACCUGGUCAGUCGGCUCAAAAUAUUAUGGACCGGCUGAACAAAGGGAGUCGAGAGGAGAAGGUUGACGCGCUAAAAAACCUUUCAUUGAAGUGCACAGACCAAACUUUCGCACACGAGUUUAUAAAUAGGGAUGGUCUCAAGCUUGUGAUUUCUUAUGUCAUCUCGGGUAGUAAAAGUUUUUCAGGGGACCCCCUGAUGUACCUUUUGCGGUCGUUUGUGGCUCUGAUGGAACAUAACUUGGUUUCAUGGGACAUUCUAGAGCCUGACUUUACCAAACAGGUGACUUCAUGUAUAUCGGGGGCUAGAUCGGCAGGAGAGGGUUGUACGCAGCCUGCUUUAGAAAUACUAGAAAACGUGAUUCUCCAUAGCACGGACAAGGCCAAGAUGGAGACUUUAGACCAACAUAUAACAGCUGAUAAAAUCAUUCCGUACCUCAGAAGUCACAGUAAAGAUGUACAGCAGUGUGCCUUGGCUGUUAUAAACGCCAUGUUCAUGAAAUCAUCGCAGGACAAGAAACAGAAGUUGAUGGCAUGUUUCCACUCCAAGACAUUUAGAAAUGAUAUUACAGAGUACAUUUUACCUGGCGAGGUGAGUCAGGACAUGGCUCAUGAACUGUACAAACAUCAGCGUCUCAUGUUGAACAUGUACGAGGAAAGGUUGAAAACUGCCGUCAACACCUCAAAUAGUGCCCAGGUUAUUACAGUUAACAAGACAGUUGAAGAGUUGCGGAGAACGGCGUUUGAUUUCUCCGACAUUGCUGAUUCAAACACAGGGCCAUCUAGAAAAUCUGGUAUUGCCAAGGACCUCAAGAAACUAGGCUUCACUGACCAGUCAGACCCAGUCAAGGACUUUGAGACAGCCCCUCCUGGCCUUCUGGCUUUAGACAACAUGAUUCACUUUGCUCAGUGUCACAAAGAAACUUACAUCAAGGUGGUGUUGGAGAACUGUGGUCGAGCCAACGAGCAGGACUGUCCGUUCGUCCAAGCCAGUCUUAAACUGACCAAUAUACUCUGUGACCUCCUAAAAGUUGGAGAACAGCCAUAUGAAGAUGAGACAUGCUACUACCCGAUGUUCUUCAGUGUUGAUAAGCCCCUGGAGGAGUUCUUCUCAGUGUGUAUUCACCUGUGUAACCGUACAUGGAAGGAAAUGAGGGCUUCCAGGGAGGACUUUGAAAAGGUGCUAAGUGUAGUCAGGGAACAAAUAACUCGAGCUCUGGACAAGAACCAGAUGCCGAAGUCAUUCGAUGCCUUCAAGAGCAAACUUGUGGUUUUGGCGUAUCCGGAACUGAAGAAGAUCUGGGAUGCUGAAAGACAACGAAGAGAAGAGAGUAAAGCGCAGGCAAAACCCAUACUCGAGUUGCGAGAGAUGAUCAAGCCGGAGAUAUUAGAGCUUGUCCGUAAACACCGACUAACGUACCUGGAGGGGGGGACUAGGUUCCACAAGUAUGACAACAAGGGGUCUCGCGUAAAAAACAAAUACCAGUACUGGCGCCUAUCAGCAAACCACAAGGCUUUCUUCUAUGGUGACUGUGAGGAUAAGGACACGCCCGCUCUCGAACAGCUGCCAAACAAACUUGCCGUACAUGAAAUUAUGGAGAUGGUCACAGGGAAAAACUGUGCUCACGUGAAACAGGCCAGAAAUAAGUUGGAUUCAAAUAUCGCCUUCUCCCUGGUGUUAGAGGGAUCUCGCCCAGAUGAAGAGAAAUGUUUCCACUUCUCCGCAAACAGUGAACAGGAAUACAUGUUAUGGGAGGAUGGCAUCAACGCUCUUCUCAAUAAUCCAAUGACCAGCAGACAGACAAAAGAAGACAUGGACAUUUUGUUGAACAUGGAAAUCAAACUGCGUCUGCUUGAAACAGAGGGCAUUACCAUUCCUAAAGAACCGCCACCUAUACCUCCACUUCCCGAAAACUACAACUUUGCAUAUACUCAGGCUUAGAGGACAUCCAGUUACUGUUGUAUAAGUCAUCUUGGCUCAAAAUUCACCUACAUACGUAUAGAGGGACAUAUUAUUUAUAUGGCAUAUGUCAUCACUGCUGCCAGAUAUUGUGAAUACUCAUGCAUAAGGGGGACCAGCCUUUGGCACAAGCAAAACAUGUAAUCUUCAAUUCCUAAUUAAUGCGUAUUCAUCGCAUCUUUGUAUACUUAAGUAAAAGUCAUUUUGAAAGAACUUUUGUUUUUUACAUAAUCUUCACUCGGGCUUAAAAUACAACUUAUUUUCUUAUUUUUAAUGAUUUUUUUUUAUCACUUAGUGUGAUAUCAUUAUAUGAAUUUUAACUUUUAGUUAAAUUCUGACUAUUGUUUGAUUAGCAUUUCUGAAUAAAGAUUCAAUUUGAGCAAUGAAAAAAGCUUUAUUUUGGAAACACGAAAGAAAGAAAUGUAACAGGGUAAUGAAUAUAUAGGGGCACUAAUUAUGUCUUGCUCUAGAGCUAGCUUUUAAAGGGACGCGGUUGAGUGUCCACCUGCAGAGCGCAGGGUUGUGGGGUCAAUCUCCACCAAAUGCACGAAGCAUAUUUGUGUCGUUUGUCAUAGAAAGAUACUUUGUCUUUUAUGCUUGGUUGACUUAAAUGUUCUAUGAAAACCAUGAAGCUUUUCAUGUGUUAAUUUCCGGGUUUUUGCUCAUGCUUUAAAACAUUUUAAGCAAGUUUGUAGAUGAUCCAUUAUACUUGAGCAAAUAUCCUUUAUUUUAUUUGAAGGCCAUUUAAUUUAUUAUUGAGCCUGCUUGCGGUGAGCUCGACAUAGUUGUCAAACGAUGGUUUGGUGUAUUCACGUCCGUGCGAUAGUCUAUCUGUAUUGUUUUGUUUGGUCUGUCAAAGCUUGAAGCUUGUCAUGCUUUGGAUGAUUUUAAAAUAAUUCACACAAAUGCUUACACUGAGAAGACAGCGUGUUGCAUGCAACACCCGUGCCUGUUGCAUGCAACAACCUUGUCUGUGGAACAAAGGUCAAGGUCACACUUAAGGGUCAUUGGUCAAAAUUCAUUUUUAAUUGGCUUGUCCAAGCUGUAACCAUGGCCAUGCAUUAGGAUUUUAGAAUAACUUGCCACCAAUGUGCACCAUCACACGAUGCCAUGUUGUGUGCAAUAUCCAUAUUUGAGAUCAAAGGUCUAGGCCACACUCUUAGGAAAUUGUUCAAAAUUCCAUGUUUUUUGUUUUGUCCUGACUGUAAUUUGUCCAUGCAUUUGGAUUCCUUGAAAAUAACUUGGCACAGAUGUUCACCAUGAGAAGACAUGGGUAUCCCAUGCAACACCCAUGUCUGUAGGUCAUAGGUCACUUGGUCCCAGGCCAUUGGUCACAAAUCCUUGUUUUUUAGAUUGUCCAUGCUGUAACUUGGUCAAAUAUUUGGUAAUUUUAAAAUGUCCUGGCACAACAAAUAACAUGGCUCAACAAUUACAUUCAAGGUAAAAGAAUGUUUUGUAAUUGUGCCAGUGGCAGGCUUGACAUUGUCGGCGUUCAGUGGCAAACAACUCUAUGUUCAGAGUUGUGGAAAUAGUUAUCAGAAAUAAGCUUGCUAGCUUUUUUUGUUAUGUUUUAAGAAAGCUGUUCUUUAGGAAAAAAAUAUGAUGGAAACAGAUCUGAAUGUCAAAUCUCUGUUCUGAUAAGGACAUUUGUAAUAGUACACAAUGGUCAAAUGAAGGUAAACCUUAGUUAUCUGGAAAACAUUAUUAGACAUCAAUGGUAAAUACAAGGCCAUUUUUGCAAACAGUUAAUACAGUUGUUUAAGGUAAAUUAUGGAUUGACUUAAAAUUUGCAAUGAUUUUUGUUUGUAUUUUUCUACAACCUUGUAACUUUUGCCAAGAAUUGUUUUGUUUAUGUCUUGUUUAUUUAUGCUGGUUUUCAUAUUAUUGGAAAUGCUUAAAAGUACCAAGAGUUACAUUACUUGGUGAUACUUUUUAUACUGUAUUACUGGUAGUUUGAAACUUUUUAUACUGUAUUGCUGGUAGUUUGAAAUCAAAAGUGAAUCAUUUCUGCUUGAAACACAAGGAGCAGAAAUUGUUAUAGUAAAAUUGACAUAAGCAGUGAUUAUAAUGAAAUAGUUUGCUGUGGCUGCAAGUUAGUUUGAUAUGGCUGUGUCAUAGAUGCUGUGGCUGCAACAUAGUUUGCUGUGGCAACAGCAUAGUUUGAUGUGGCUGCAACAUAGUUUGAUGUGGCUGCAACAUAGUUUACUGUGGCAACAACAUAGUUUGAUGUGGUUGCAACAUAGUUUGCUGUGGCAACAACAUAGUUUGAUGUGGCAACAACAUAGUUUGAUGUGGCUGCAACAUAGUUUGCUGUGGCAACAACAUAUCUUGAUGUGGCUGCAACAUAGUUUGCUGUGGCAACAACAUAGUUUGAUGUGGCUGCAACAUAGUUUGCUGUGGCAACAACAUAGUUUGAUGUGGCUGCAACAUAGUUUGAUGUGGCUCAGUGUCAAGAGAUAAAAAUGCAGAGGGAUCAUGUACUUUCAAUGUUAUUUUUGUGCUGUUGUUUUUUGGUUAAAGAUGAUUUUUGGCAUGAUGUUGAUUAAAUCUGACAAACUUUAUUUUUUUACAAUUAAAGCAAUUGUCAUGCUUUAAACCAAUGUCUUUAUAGCUGACUAUACUGGUAUUUCAGUUCAAUUUCUAGAUGAAUAAGAAUUCAGUAAUCUUCAUAAAUCGCUCAUAGUAUUACGUUUAGACAGUAGAUAAUCACAUUCUUUAUAAAUGGUUCACGUUUUGAUACUUAUAUAGUAAUCAUCACCUUAAUGUGAGAACUCAAGAUCUCUUUUAUUAGAUGCACUUACUGAGUUCUUACUCUAUAAGGUGACGUAGUACUUUUUGCCAUCUAUUCAAAUAGUUAUCUUUAGUUUUUAAAGUAGUGGGUUUUAUUUGCUAAAAUGUGCAAUAAAUUUAGUCUACAAUGUUAAGCAAGUGAAUAUUAAGGUUUAUUAAGUUUUUAAAGAAACUUAUCAGUAAUUUAGUGCAUGUAACAUCAGUUAUUAAAUGAUGUUUCAAACUUUUUACCAUACUGUUUUCACCAUUACUGUACAUAUAUAUGCAUACUAGUAUGUUGGUAGAACAUUCCAUUACCUGUCAUAUUUUCUACUGCAAAUAAAUUUUAUAAUAACCUACA